CCGCCGGGAGCGCAUCACUCUUAAGGCGCCAUCGCCGGAAACCGAAACAAAACACACCCGACAACAAACCAUGAAAGUGUUAAAAAAGUGAAAAAGGUUCUAAAACAACAACCUUCCUAUAUUAUACAACGCAAGCGACACCUUUCAAAUGUCACCUUAAGAGUGAUGCGGUCCUGUGUACUUAACACGUGAACUCUGAAAACUUUGAUUGAACGAUAUACAUGUCAACAAAUACAUAUGAAAUUAUUAUUGUAUUGUUUUAGAGUAUUGUAUAUAAUACAACAACCACUCUAAAGAAUAUCAAUACAAAACAUAUCAAAUCAAAAUUACCAUAUCUCAUUAUAAGAAUAUAUUAUUCGUACCACUUAGGGAAAAUAUAAUUAUGUGUUGUAGAGAUAACGUAAUUAGCUACAUUUAUGUCUUAGUUUUCUAAAUGUCUUCAUAUCUACGUGCAAUAUAUUUAUCCUACUCAGGAGUGCCGUGAUUGGCCACCGCCGUUACGUAGACGAGCCCGUAGCGGCCAAUGGCAUAAUGUGCUACGCGCAGCCGUAGCACGUAGUUCAGAGGAGCGCGGGGCGCUACGCGAUCGACAGACGCCGCGAAGGAGCCUGCUACGCCUGGGAACUGAAAUUAUGUGUUAGAGAAGUGUGAACGUUUGAUGAAGACGGUGGAUCCAACAUGCAGGGGCUACAAGCCGCGAAAGAGAAGGCUUCGGGCCUUUUCGCUAACAGACCCCUUUUGUUCAAGAACAGUCAGUAUGAGACGUUCCAUGUGGACCGGAAGGGCUACAACGUGUACGAUGGUGACGACCUGGAGACACCACCGUCGCCUGACAGGCCGCCACCGAGACCAAUAGAUAAAUAUGUACGAGCUGAAUGUCCAUGUCUAACAGCACGAUACACAGUGGCCCUGCUUGCCUGCUUCGGGUUCAGUAUAAUGUUCGGAAUGCGGUGCAACAUGAGCAUGGCCAAGUUAAAAAUGACAGAAAAAAUCAACACUUCGAGUGGUGUCAAAGAAGAAACUCCUUUUGAAUGGAGCGUAAAAGUGGAAUCUUCUAUUGAUUCGUCGUACUUUUUUGGAUAUCUUAUUACUCAAGUUCCUGGGGGCUUUCUGGCUUCUAUGUAUCCCGCAAAUAAGAUUUUUGGUGCUGCGAUCGUCACGUCAGCGAUAUUAAAUAUGGCAAUACCGGGAGCGAUGUCAGUUGGUCCUGCUGCUGUUGUAUUUUUGAAAGUUACUCAAGGAUUUGUUGAGGGCGUGACAUAUCCAUCAUGUCACGGCAUCUGGAGGAUGUGGGCUCCUCCUCUCGAGAGGUCACGGCUGGCGACGUUGGCGUUCUGCGGGACAUACGCUGGCAUAGUCAUUGGCAUGCCCCUCUCGGGUCUACUCACAGACUACAUCUCCUGGGAAGCACCCUUUUACUUCUACGGUGUUUCUGGUGUAAUCUGGUACGUAAUGUGGCUCUGGUUAGUAUUUGAGCGGCCCAGUAAGCACCCCCACAUCUCAGGCAAGGAGUUGACAUACAUCGAAGAAUCUCUAGGAACAGCCUCGCAGGCUGCCAUGCCUGGCUUUUGGAAUACACCUUGGAAAGCCUUCGCGACAUCUCCACCGGUGUAUGCUAUAAUUGUUGCGAACUUCUGUAGAACAUGGAACUUCUGUUUGUUAGUAAUUUUUCAAUCUGCAUAUUUCAACAGCAGGUUCAACAUGCAGAUUACAGAGUCUGGUUUUGUUGGUGCUAUUCCGCAUUUGAUCAUGACCUCGUUGGUGCCUAUUGGUGGUAUGCUGGCCGAUUACCUGCGCAAGAACAACAUUAUGACUACGACUAACGUACGCAAGCUUUUCAACUGCGGUGGUUUCGGAAUGGAAGCAUUCUUCUUUGUGCUCGUGGCUUAUGCCAAUAAUAAGUACAUCGCUACUAUAGAGUUGACGCUCGGCGUUGCGUGCAGUGGUUUUGCGAUAUCGGGAUACAAUGUGAAUCACUUGGAUAUCGCGCCGAGGUACGCCUCCAUCCUGAUGGGCUUGUCAAACGGCAUCGGAACCAUCGCCGGCUUCCUCGUACCUAUUGUUAUCGACUACAUCACACAAGAUAGGGGCGACCACAAGAAAGCUAUCGCAGAAUGGCGUUCGGUGUUUCUGAUGGGUGCGACGGUCCAUUUCAUCGGUAUCACCAUAUACGGUAUCUUUGCUUCGGGGGAGCUGCAGCCGUGGGCCGACCCACCACCAGAAUUCGACACGACUGUCAAGUCGUUGGACCAUGAGACCACAUUCACGGAGCGGCCUUCAGCGCCUCUGAAAGGCUCGGAGCCUCCAGCAUACGGCGCCAUCGCAGCUCCCCCUCGUCCCCCGGCGCCCGAGAAACACGUACCUAAUAACCCUUUCGUCAACGGCGCCUUCUAUCAGGCAGAACCCGUGCAACCUCCCUCGCAACAUUAUGAGGACCCCACUCAAGACGGCACCUACUAAGGUCCCUAGUCAGCAAGCAUAUGGUUAAGUGGCCACUUCUCUAUUUUUAUAGAUAGUUAGGAAAAUUACAUUUGUAACUGUUUCGAUUCAAUAGAUUUAACCAAAUAUGAUGUUAUUGAUAGCAACAGUUAGAUAGUUUGUAAUGUACCUACAUUAUCACUGAUAUUGUGUACCUGUUUCCAAAAAAAUAUUCUGAUUGGCUAAAGCUCUAGGUGAUUUACUGCUCUAAUUAGAAAUAGUUAUUGUAAAGAAAUAUUAUGGUUGAACUAUCUGUUUAUAUUUAAUGAUCUAUCGUUUGUUUUGACCCUAUUGUACAGGUGUAAAUAAGUUAUCUAUAUUGCAUAUCAAUUCUCAAUGCUAUAAGAGUAUUACCUAUAGCAAGAGCAAGUGUGUUUUCGGUAAGAGGCAAGUCCUUGAUUCACAGCACGACAUGGAUAUCAAUAUUCUAAGAACUGGAAGUCCACUCUUAUUCAACAUAAAACGAAAUUCGAUCGAAACUUCGCACAUUUCAUACUACAUAUGUUUCUUAUCCGUUUCUAAUUAGAACGAAUAUUCGUUCGCCUGAAAGUAGAUUGUGGUUGAGAAUCGUUAGGCCUACUCAACGACAAACUGAAUUCGCUAGUUUAUCGUUCAAAUUAAAUAGGUACAACCAAUAAGACCGUUCGUUACCGAAAGUUCGUUUCGGAGAAAGAGAGUAAGUCCUCUGUUCGGAAAGAAUGACAAGUACCCAACUCCAAAAGAAUCAACGAUGAGUUUAAAAAUUUACAUUUUCUUAAACUCGAGCAUGAUCGCAUCCACCAGACGCUGAAGAUUAUUUUCACCGCGGUGAAACAGUGCGGUCUAGCACUUUUUUUAUAGAAAAGCUUUGCCGCUCUUCCACUCUAUAUUCAGUGGUGUAAAGUAUUUGUUGGUCGAAAAUUCAACUGAAAACACGCUUCUAAUCGUUAGUUAAAAUUAUAUUUCUGGCUAGUUUUUUAUGAAUCUUAGGUGGAGAGUUCGGUACAAAAUUUCAAAUAUCAUGGUUUAUAGAUUUAUCAUAGCUUUCGAAUCGAUGUUUAUGUACUAUCAUGUGAAGCCAAAGUUAAGUUAUUCAUUCAAGAAAAAUUUCGUUGAUAGGUUUUCAUUUAUUGUAGUUAUUUCUUAUUCAAAAUGUCAUUUUCAGACUACCGAAAUUCAAGAAGUUGUUGUAAAAUGUUUAUAAAUAUCUAAGUAAUUGUUCAAAAUUUAGAAUCGUAUCUAUCUAAUGAAGCUAUUAAUGUAUCUAUUAUCUAUGAUAGAUUGUAGAUUUAAAAUAAAAAUGUUAAUUGUGAAGGGAAGUAAUGUAAUCAUUCAAAAAACGUUUUUUUUAAUUAAUUAAUGAUGUGGGUUCAGUUGAAUUUUAUAGUGUCUUAAGUGACAGUGUAGCUAUUUUAUACUUUGUUGCGUAAUUAUUUGUUAUUGAUGCCAUCGUAAAAUUGAAUUAUAUUUACAUUGGUAAUUCUAGGAAAGAGAAUUAUAAUACUAUUUGAAAAUUAUGCUUAUUAGUAAUGUAAAUAAUUACUUAAAGUUAU